ACAACAAUUUAAUCGGUACCAUACCCACUGUAUUUUGAAAAAUUUUUUGCGCUGUUGGUCGUACAUGUUAUGUUACGUCUAGGCAAGGAGUGGAAAAAGAAAAUCUGAUUUGAAAUAGCUUAGGCUAGACCUAGUAGGCCCUACCUUGUUGCCCUACUAAAUAUUGAGCAUCCGAACAUUGGUUGAAAAAUGCCUCGAGAAGCUAUUCCACCGUCAAAAUUGCAAAAAGUCACCAAUGGAAAAACACUCAAGGUGCUUCAAGAGAAAUUAGAUUCAGCUGAGACAGAAACGAUUAACUUAGUGCGACAACUUGAACACAUUGGUUUUGACUGUAGUCAAGGCGAUAACAGCGCUAAGUCCAAACCACUAUCCCCGUAUGUAGCUAAGGCAGGAGAUGCUGACAUCUUACAAAGGAAUUACGAAACGUUAGUGAGAAGAGUUUGUCGUAAUGAAAGCACAUUACAGACACUCAAGUUAAAUUUGUGCAAUAUUCAUGCACAGUACCAGUUGAGAAAUGAGCAAGUACAGUCCUCUAAGGAGAAUCUACUUUCACUAAAAGGAAGUCAUGAAAAAGAGAAAAAAAAGUUAGUCAAGGACUUAGCAGCAGCACGAAAGGAAUGCAAGGAUAACCUAGCAAAGAGGCAUGAAGCACAAGAGGCUUCAAGAAGACUUUCUGCUGCUUUAGAGCAGGCUGUUCAGGCCAAGGCUGAGCUUGCUUUAAACUAUGAGGACCUUAGAAACAGCAAACAAAAACUAAACAAACAACUUUCAGAGACAAGGGAAGAGUUAGCAAGAGAAUUGGCUUUAAGGAGCAGCUUAGAGGAAUCACACAGUGCAAUACUUGAGAGACUUCAACAUCUGGAGACCAUUGUCCAAAAGGAACGAAAUGAGAUGGAGAGCUUUUCUAAAAGCUGUGCUGUUUUGAAAGAUGAAGGUAUAAAGUUAAAUAGAGAGAAGGAAUUGAUUCAGAAUGCCCUUUGUAACUCUAAAUUGGAGAUCACUGCCAAGGAAAAGCAAAUCAUAAAGCAGAUUGAAGAGAUGCAGGUGUUUCUUACCAAUCUUGAGCAUUUGAAAAAAGAAAAUGAGGCUUUGAAAAUACAGCUUGAAGAAUUGAGUAAACAUACACACAGUAUGAAGGUUGCAUUGGAGUCAGCAGAAAAAGAAAAGCAAGGUUUGCUAAGCAGAGUUGAGCAAAGUGAAGCCAUUCAAAAUGAAGUCGUUGAAAAUGAACAAAAGAAAUCAAAUGAUAUUAUUCAAAAUAUCAACACUCAACUACAGAUGCAGAUUGAAUUAAAACACCAAAUGCAAAAAGAAAGUGAACAUCUAAAACUCCUUGUGGAAGAGAAUAAAACAAGAAAUGAUGAGCAAAAGCAAGUACUUGAAGCAAAGAUAAAAGAUUUGGAAAAAUCAGUACACCUGGCACAAGAACAGCUUGAAGCAAAUCGUAAGGCUAAAGACUUGGCCAUUGAUGAUAAGCAGUCACUUCUUGAUGAGGUGAAUUUAGCAGUGGAUGGGAUGUCAACUGAACACUCAAGAAUGCAACAAGAACUUGAGGAAGCUAAGUUAGAGAUUGCAACUAUAACAAAUGAAAAGUCACAGUUGGAGUUGGAGAUGGACAAGCUACUCGACAGAAUCAGUGUUUUGGAACAAGAGCAAGUAAAUGAGUCUACACAGAAAUCUGUUGAGUGUUCUCUGGCAGAGUUAGUGGACAGUAAGAAUCAGCUUGCAUAUGACAAAGGUCAACUACAAAGCAAACUCUUACACUUACAACAAGAACUCGAGGCAGUUUCCGAUGCUAGGUCAGAGGUCACUCAUUUAAAAAGAACCAACACUGCACUUCAGAGUAAAGUCAAAUCACUGAGUUCUGCACUAAGUGUUGUCAACGUGAAUCAGAAAAUGAUAGAAAAGCAACUCAAACAGUCAGUUGUAGCUGGACAAGAAAAAGACAUGAAAGUGAACGAGUUGAUGAGACGUCAGGAUGAAGUCAUAGAGGAAAAGCAGAGAUAUAAAGAACAGCUAAAAACACUAGAUCAUCAACAACAUGAAAAUAUACAGCACUUGGAAAGCAAACUACACUAUGCAAAGCAAAAUAAUUCCAAGAUGGCUGCCACAGUCAAGAGUGUUAUGCUAUCACACAGCAAACUGCAAUUAACACUUGAAAAAUUACAAACUGAAUUAGGGAAAAAAGAUGCAGAAAUAUCAGCCAUUGAAUAUGAAAAAAAGAAAUAUGAAGAAUCAUUGCAAAUGCUCAGCGGUGACAUGCAUCUACUGCAAGAUCAAAUUGUUGCCAUGGAAACAAAUCAGCUAGAUAGAGUUACACCAUUGAAAACUGAAUUAGAAGCUGAAAAAACUGAAAAGCUGAACCUGGUUACAUCACUGGAUGAAUUACAGUCAACCAAUCAGGUGCUGCAGAGUAUGCUUGAAAAGAAAGAAAUGGAACUAGAAUCUAAACAUCAUGAGCUCAGGCAACUUCAACAGACAAGGAAAAGAGAAAAAGAAAUAGCAUCUAAAAAUCUGAAUACAUUGCAAGAAAAAAUAGAGAAAAUGGAAUUGGAUGCUGCAGUGGAAAAGGAAAAAGAAAGAAAACAGGCAAUAAGGGAAGUGAACAGAUUGCGCCAAGCUAAUCAGUCGACACUAAUUAAGAUCACAGAAUUGACUGCAAGAUGUGAACAACAACAUAUGCAAAUACAAGAAUUGGAGGAGAAAAAUGACAAACAGAAGCAAAGAAUCUUGGGACAAAGAACCCAGUUGCAACAAUUCCAUGAUAAAAACAAAGCAUCACAAGCCACUAGUGACAGAAUUGAGGAAUUGAGUGUAGAAUUAGAGGAGCUAGAGGAAGUUAGGAACCAAUACAUGAUGAAAAACUCCGAGCAAAUGCAAACUAUAGCAACAUUCCUCGCACAGAUUUCAGAACUACAAGCAGAGAUGAAGACUGUUGUCCAGGGACAACAUGAUGUUGAAGAGCGGUUAAGGAAAAAGGAAGAUCAAUUGAAAGCAGAAAAAAGAUUGAGAUUAGACAUGACUAAUAAAUGCAGGCAAAUGGAAGAAGAGAUUUUGAAACUACAACAAGAAAAUGAGCAAGCUAAAGAAGAAAUAUGGACAAUUUCAUUACAGGCACGCCAGCAGAGUAUGCUAUCUACACAACCUAAACGCCAUCAGGUAUACACAGACCAACUACUAUCAGAGUUACAGAAAGAGCGCGACCACUCUCAACUUAUGGAUAAGAGAAUGAAACGGAUUAUGAACUCCAGUUCCAGAUUUGUUGAGGAUUUAGCAUUAGACUUAGAUGAGUCGAAAGUCAAGAUUGAUGAGUGAAGUGUUAGUUAGAGACUUUAUAGGUAUAAUAGAUUGCUAUGAAUAUUCAUGAGUUACUCUGACUCAUUGAGAUGCCAAGGUCAACAAUUCCAAUUGGCAUCAUACAUUUAUGGUGUUGAAAGUAAGCCUUCUUCCCAUAUGAAUCAGCUUGUUUCCAAGAUGUAGGACUAUUAAAUAAAAUUGGCAUGGUACCAUAGUCUCAUCAUUGCUGAAGUUAAUAUUUGUUCACUGUGUGUGAGUGAAUUAUUUUAUAUUUUUCCCCACUAAAAUUUUCCACAUUUAUUCUCCCUGUAAACCUUCAUAAGUUUUCCUUUAGGGAAUACUGUAUGCUGUAUAAUGUGGGUUGGAAUAUGCCUUCAUAGAAUUUUUUUUUUUGCAAAGGUGGAAUAUGCAGCUAAUAUUUCAGAACAUUCCUUAAUUUUAUUUCCCUUUUGAUAGGCCUCCAAAUAUAUGUAUGGCCCGACUAGCCUGGUAUGGCAAAGAAAGCCUAGUCCUAGAUUAAGAAAACUGAAAGUAUCAGUGAAUGAUGGUUUAUGCCUACCAAUGAUGAAGAAUACUUUUUACAAUGCAGAUCGAAUAUAUUGUAAAAAUCUGGCAAGAAAUGAUACUUUUACAAUGUAUUUGAUCACACAGGUUUAUUGCUAUCAGGUUUAAUAUGGUUUCUUUAGGUUGAUUCCAGCUAAUAGCAAUCCAGUUGGGCCUAUAAAGUUCUUCAAAUUGUCAACCAGUCACACACCAAGUUAGUUCUUCAUAAUUUUUAAAUGUUGAUGAAAUUGGAAAAAAUUUUUUGCUGACUGUCACGGACAUUAAAUAAUAUCAAUAUGAAUGUGGUAAUUAUAACCUGUAUAUAUUUUUAUAAAAUUAUUAUUAAAGUUAUUCCUUCUUUAUGGGAAUUUAUGUAUUGUAA